AUGUCCAACCAAACCACCAUGACUGAUUUCCUUCUCCUGGGUUUCUCUGAUGUUUGGGAGCUGCAGAUUUUACACUUCGUGGUGUUUCUGGUGCUUUACUUGGCAGUUCUGGUGGGGAACCUUCUCAUCAUCACAUCUGUAACACUCAACCACCACCUUCACACCCCCAUAUACUUCUUCCUGAUGAAUCUGUCCAUCCUAGAUAUCGGCUCCAUCUCUGUCACCAUCCCCAAAUCCAUGGCCAGCUCCCUCACAAACACCAGGUCAAUUUCCUAUGCUGGAUGCAUUGCCCAACUUUUUCUCUUUGUACUCUUUGUUGCAACCAGUGUUGCUGUACUCACUGUCAUGGCGUACGACCGAUAUGUGGCCACUUGCCUACCACUGCACUAUGAAAGAAUGAUGAACUGGAGAGCCUGUGUCCAAAUGGCAGCCAGUGCCUGGACCAGUGGUAUUCUCUACUCUGCACUGCACACUGGAAACACCUUUAGUUUACCCUUCUGCCAGUCCAACAUCAUCAGUCAGUUCUUCUGUGAAAUCCCACAGCUACUCAAGCUCACUUGCUCUGACUCAUAUCUCAGUGAAGUUGCAGAUCUUGCCUUUAGUGCAUGUUUAGCCAUAAGCUGCUUUGGUUUAACUGUAUCAUAUUUUCAGAUCUUCGCCACAGUGCUCAGGAUCCCCUCUGAGCAGGGCCGACAUAAAGCCUUCUCCACCUUCCUCCCUCACCUCACUGUCGUCUCCUUGUUCUUUUGCACUUCCUUCUUUGCCUACCUGAAGCCCACCUCCAGCUCAGCCUCAGGUCUGGAGCUUGUGGUGGCCGUUCUCUAUUCCGUGGUGCAGCAAUGGUGA